UAAGCUUCAGAAUGGCGAAUUUGUGUAUCCAACAAUGCUUAAUAGUAGUAUUAGUUGUCCUUGGAAGCCUAACAACCCCAUCAGAUUGUUUUCAUCGUGACCAUGACCAUCAUCCAAAAACCACUGCUGCCCUCUUCACCUUUGGUGAUUCAGUUUUUGAUCCCGGAAAUAACAACUAUAUCAACACAACAGUUGAUUUUCAGGCCAACUUUCCUCCAUACGGAGAAUCUUUCUUCAAGUAUCCAUCAGGGGCGUUUUCUGAUGGCCGUGUUAUCCCGGAUUUUAUCGCUCAAUAUGCAAACCUUCCAUUCCUUCAACCCUAUCUCCAAAUUGGUUCCCAAUAUCAGUUGGCUUAUGGGACCAACUUUGCAUCUGGUGGAGCUGGUGCUCUAGCUGAAACCUUUCCCGGAUUUGUGAUCGACCUUAAAAAGCAGCUGUGGUAUUUUAACGAGGCUGAGAAAAAGUUGAGGUCGAAUCUCGGUAACAGAAGAGCAGAACGAGUUGUGUCGAAUGCUGUAUACUUGUUCUGCAUAGGCGGUAAUGAUUACUCGACCGAUUCUACGAAUUCCAGCAUAUUUAAGUCGUCUACCCCAGAAGAUUAUGUAGCUAUGGUGGUUGGCAAUAUUACAACUGUCUUAAAGGAAAUAUACAAGAAAGGUGGGAGCAAAUUUGCAAUUAUGAAUGUUCCGGCUAUAGGUUGUAUUCCAUCCUUUAGAGCUCUUAACGUAGCUGCGGGAGGAAAUGGAGAGUGUGAAGAAGAGUAUGUAGCUUUGCCCAAGUUGCACAACGUCUUGCUUUCCCGAGAACUUGAGCAGCUGCAGAAGCAGCUCAAAGGUUUCAAGUAUUCAUAUUUUGACUUCUUCACCGUUCUCAAUGAAACAAUUGACAAUCCAUCAAAAUUUGGUUUGAAGGAAGCCAAGACUGGAUGCUGUGGAGGCGGUCCUUACAGAGGAGAUCAUAGCUGUGGAGGGAAGACGGCAAUAAAAGAGUACGAGUUAUGCGAUAAUCCCCAAGACUAUCUGUUCUUUGACUCCACCCAUCCGACCCAAGCGGCCAACGAGCAGUUCGCGAAGCUCAUGUGGUCCGGACCCACCAAGCUUACAGGGCCUUACAAUGUCAAGUCACUUUUUCAGCUUUCUUAUUGAAGUUUAUGAUUCUUAAUGUCUGUUUUUUCACUUUAAGAAUAACAAAAAGCACAUGUUCUAUUUGUUCUUUUGCCAAAAAGUGUGUAUACAUGUGUUUGUUUCAU